AUGAAGUUUGCUGGUAUUACAGUUAUUCAGGACAAGAAGGAUGAGGACCAGUUGCCUCCUAGGGGAAUUUCCGUGGCUGGAGGCCCGUUUGGGGGCGGGGGGGCACCGAGGCGCCCCGCUGGCCUCCCUUCCCCGGCCCCGGCCCCGCGCAGCCCAGCCCAGCCCGCGGGCCCGUUGUUGGCGGGCGGCAGGACCUGUACAACCGCCGCCCCGAGCCGCGGCCGCCGCCAGCCGGAGCGGGAUGUUUCAUUGUCCGGAAAUGAUGGAGGAGUGACUGUAGCGGCGGGGGGACAACGGGUGUGAGUGACAGGGUCGCGUGUUAGUUUUGUUGGAGGGGGUGCAGGCUCUUUAUUACUCAGUGAGAGCUGGCAGAUGUCCCAAGUGAGAGAACCUCUUCCUCCGGGGCCUGAAGGGCCAGAGCAAGCUCCGACUGAAAACAGCUCUUUGAUCUCUCUCCCUCGAGAAAACACUGGCCAAGAGAAUACUGUGGCAGGAGAUAAAAACAUAAAACAGCCUUCCAGUAACCAAAGUAUACAACCAGAGAUACAAGACCAGUCUGUCUGGGGAAAUUGCACUGAUGGUGACCUCAUCAGAACACAACCUCAACGUUUGCCUCAGCCAAACACUUCAGCACUGGAAAGGGGUGAGGAAGAAAGCGUUAAAAUCCAAAACGGCCAUGUGGGUCUAAGUAAUGGAAGUGGCAUUCACAACGGGGUCAAGCACACACCUGCAGACAACAGAAAACUUUCAGCUCCUGUUUCAGAAAAAAUGCACAGAAAAAUUCAGUCUACCUUGUCUGUCAACAGCAACAGCAGCAAGAAGAGUAAGAUAAGCUCCGUGUUUUCUCAAAAGCCAGGUACUACACCUGAAGGGGUAGCUUGUGGAGCUAUGCAAGGGGAAUCAUUUACAAUGCUAGCUAAACUGCAGAAAAACAUUUCUAAGGAUUCUGCAGAAAUGAAGAAUUAUGAAUAUUUGUCUACUUCAAGAGCAAAAGGAGGAAAAAUGAAGAUUCCCAUAAGCCUCCAAAAGCCUUCCAUCUUGACCUCAUAA